AAAACUUCAUCACACGCGCCGAUAAAAAUGUGGCGAACGUAAACAAAACUCUUUCGUCGAGUGUGAACUUUUGAUUUUAAUUUGAAUUGCAUCUGAUAAAAGUCCUUAUUUUGUUAGAGAAAUGAAGGAACGUUUGGUGUCAAACAAUGAGAAAAGUUUCGUCCAAAAAGCGGUGCUGGAAUCUACGAGAGUAGACGGUCGAUCACUGGACGAAUUCCGCAAACUUCGCAUCAACUUCGGCACGGAAUGGGGCAGCGUGCAUGUGUCCUUGGGAGAAACUCGGGUGCUGGCACAGGUAAGCUGCGAGGUGGUCACCCCCAGAGCUACUCGUCCUAAUGAAGGGACACUGUUUAUAAACGUUGAGCUGGGGCCUAUGGCAGCUCCUCAUUUCGAGUCAGGGCGCCAAUCUGAAGCUAGUGUUCAGUUGAAUCGUAUUCUGGAGAGGGCCAUCAAGGACUCAGGCUGCGUGGAUUUGGAGUCGCUUUGUUUGGUUGCGGAUGAGAAGGUGUGGAAUCUACGCGUUGAUAUAAAUGUGCUGAACCAUGAAGGGAACGUAAUUGACUGCGCUUCCAUUGCUGCCUUAACUGCUUUGGCGCAUUUCAAACGUCCGGAUGUGAGUCUUAACGGAGAGGAAGUUAUCAUUCACACCAUUUAUGAGCGCGAUCCUAUUCCCAUUGGAAUCAAUCAUUUCCCCAUAUGUGUAAGCUAUGGAAUUUUCAACAAGGGUAAGCUGGCCAUUGCUGACCCCACUUAUCUAGAGGAACGGGUGGCCGAAGCUAAAAUCGUGUUUGGAAUGAACUCCUACGGGGAACUCUGUGGUCUACAUUUGGGAGGAAUCACGUUAACAAGUUCGGAUCUUCUUCUUCGAACUGCUGUCAAGGGUGCUAAAAGGGCAAGAACUAUCGUACAAAAAAUCAAGGAUGUUAUUCAAGACGAUGCUGAAAAACGAAAGAAAAAUUAUCCGAUCGGUUUCAGCGAAUGCAUUCGACUGAAUGAAAUUAAUGCCUUGGCUCAAGAUCGACUACAUAUUCGACUGAAGCGGUUCAAGCUGGACAAGAACUGUCCUGGCGGAGAUUCCGAAGCAGAAGAUGAGGAGGAUGAACCAGAAGCUCAAGAUGAAAACCAAGAACAAGAAACUGAAGAAAAAACAAACGAAGAGGAAAAUGAGCCAAUGGAUACGGAAGAAACCGUCGUGCAGAUUGCGGAAGAUUCUGCCGUUCUGCUACCGAAAGCAGCCGACCCUAAGGAACAAUGGAUUCCAGAAGAUUCCGAGGAAAUGAAAGCUCCUGAGGAGAAGAAAUCAGCUAAGAAGAAGAAAAACAAGAAAAAGAAAAAGUCCAAAGAGGCCAGGGCUAGAAUGAAUGAUAUCGAAGUUUCUAGCGACAGCGAAGAAGAGACGGUUAUGAUUACUUCUGAUGACAUCAAUCGAUAAGCUUUAAAGGAGGAAAGUGAAUAAAGAGUCAAUCCGAAAUUUA